AGACGGGCAGUCCAAAUGGCUUCUCCUCUCCAGCUGCUGCUCCUGCUGGCCUCCCUCGCCCCCUCGUCGUCGGCGGGCCCGGCCGUCAUCCGGCUGCCGCGCGCCGGGGCCUGCGCCGCGCCGGACCCCGCGCUCUACGACCGCCCCGUGAUCGGCAUCGUGACGCACCCGGGCGACGGCGCGUCCGGGAGGAUCGACAACGGCACCUCCACCUCCUACAUCGGCGCCUCCUACGUCAAGUUCGUCGAGGCCGGCGGCGCGCGCGUCAUCCCGCUCAUCUACAACGAGCCCGAGGAGACCAUCCUCCAGAAAUUGAGUUUGGUGAAUGGUGUGCUGUUUACUGGUGGAUCAGUGAAGAAGGGUUUAUAUUUUGAGACAAUAAAAAAGGUGUUUCAGUAUGUAUUGGAAAAGAAUGAUGCAGGAAUUUAUUUUCCAUUGUUCGCGCAGUGUCUUGGUUUUGAGCUUGUAAGCAUGAUUGUGAGCGAGGACAAUAAUAUUUUGGAGUCAUUCCACGCAUCAGAUCAAGCAUCAACUCUUCAGUUUCCUAAUUAUUCUUCACUUAAGGGGUCAGUAUUUGAAAGGUUUCAUCCUGACCUCAUCAAGAAACUCAGCACCAGUUGUCUUGUCAUGCAAAAUCACAAAUAUGGUAUUUCUCCCAAGAGACUGCGAGAGAAUGGUGCUUUAUCAAGUUUCUUCAGGAUUCUGACUACAUCCCCUGAUGAAAAUGGCGAGGUUUACGUCUCAACUGUAGAUGCACAGAAAUAUCCGAUUACUUGCACUCAGUGGCAUCCUGAGAAAGCCAUCUUUGAGUGGCGUAAACCAAUGAUUCCACACAGUGAGGAUGCGGUACAGGUUACUCAAAAUUUUGCCAACUAUUUUAUCAGCCAAGCCCGCAAGUCUCCCAACAGGCCUCCUGCCGACAAGGUGCUGGACAACCUGAUCUACAACUACAGCCCUACAUUUUCCGGGAAAACCUCGAAAUCCUUUGAGGAAGUGUACCUCUUCUCGUAAGACUAGAGCCGAUGCUUGCAACUGCAAGUCUUGUACAGUUUGUACUGUUGUAUUGUGUGUCUUGUACUGUUGUAUUAUGUUUGAGGAAGUGUACUUUUGUAUUGUGUGUCUUGUACAGUUUAGUGGUACAUCAGUCGUGGACUUGACUGGAGGAGCAGCAUCAGUAGCUAUGACGUUUGCCGUUGUAGUAAAUAAAGAGCAAUCCUCCUCCUAACUGCAUUUGUAUUGCACUACUGAAGCUACCACGUUUGUCACUCGAUUUAUCUGGCUGAUGAUAAUUAUUUAAAGAUUCUUUGUA